AUGCAGCUGGACGUUCUGACUGAGCUCUCUGGGGCUCUAUCCCUCACCCAAUGGUUACUCUUCUUCCUUGUCCUGCUCCUGCUCCUCAGCUAUAUCUACGCCACAAACUACCAUGGGGUCUGGGAAAAGCACGGCGUUCCUGGACCCAAGCCCUGGCCCAUACUUGAUCAUACUCUAGAUCUUAAGAAGGGAGUUGAUGCAGCUUUUCGAGAAUGGUUUCAGAAGUAUGGAGACACAUUUGGCGCCUAUGGACUCCUGCCACAUCGCGCUACGUUGGUUACCAAAGACUUGUCACUGGUCAAACAGAUUUUAGUUAAGGAUUUCAACAAUUUCUCCAGCAGGAUUCGGCCUCAGAAGUCGAUGUCUUCCAUUAAAGACGGGAUUUCAUCUGCAGCUGGAAACACAUGGAGAAGGCACCGUCAGGUGACAUCACCCAUGUUUACUGGAGCUAGGAUGAAACUGAUAAUGAACCACGUCUGUGUCAGCGCUGAGAACUUGACACACUUGGUCAAGCAGCACAUGGAGAAGGGGGAGCUGAUCCCAGUGAGGUUUGUCUGCUCGAAGUUCUCGGCGGAGGUUAUUGCAAGAGUCGGCUUCGGCAUAGCAUCACACGAAGUAUCCAAGGAAGAGUCAGAGUUCGCCGUGUUUUCGAGAAAUUUUGCUAAAAGUACCAGACGUAAGGAAUUGAUAGCAACGUCGUGCUAUUUUUUUCCUCUAAUAGAUAACAUUCUAAGAUUUUUCAAAUUCGAUGUGGAUUUUGUCGAUGAAACUGCUGAUAAUUAUUUCGUUACAAUUCUCAAAUCAGCAAUUGAAGAAAGAAAAGAGAAGAAAAGCGAGAGAGAUGGUCAAAAAGCAAGGGAUAUGCUGGACUUCUUUAUAGAAGCUGCAGUGGAAAAUGAAGAUCCUCGACUGAGGGACACAAAUUCCAAAACUCUCAGCACAAAGGAAAUUAUUGGUAAUUCUACAUCUUUGAUUAUUGCGGGAGUGGAAACGGUCUCAAUCACUCUUCAAUCAAUUCUCUAUUGUCUUGUUCUGUACCCUGAAAUACAAGACAAGGUUGUGGCUGAGGUCUUCAGAGUGGUGCCUCCAGGGGUGAACUUGGUUUACGAGCAUUUGCAGGAAUUAAAGUACACAACACAGGUUAUCAACGAAUGUCUGCGGUUGUUUCCGCUCUUCACCUCUCUUUAUCGGUUGACAAACGAAACAAAAAAGUACAACGGAGUGAAAAUUCCCAAAGGAUGUGCUGUUCAGAUUCCCACAGGGUUGAUCAUGAAAGACCCCAAACACUGGGUAGAUCCCGAAAAGUUUGACCCUGACAGGUUCUCACCUGAAAAUAAAGCCAACAGGGAUCCGUUAGCCUUCAUGCCAUUUGGUUACGGGCCCAGGACCUGCCUAGGGAUGCGACUAGCUCUGAUGGAGCUGAAAGUGAUUCUGGUUUAUUUAUUGAGGGAAGUACGGUUCACUUUAUCAGAGAGGACGGAACCAAAAAGAGGCGAGGAUAUUAAGUUAGAAAUGAUCAGCAGAACUUUCGUACGGCCGGUCAAACCAGUGCUGUUGGAAGUGCAUACGAGAGAGUGA